UGCAGUGAAAGAGGGCGGGAGCCGUGUGGACAGCGCUUGGGAUCCGGACAAGGCGGAGUGGCGCCGUGCCGGCAGCCCAACUCCAGCGAGCGGCGCAAUCGCGCCGAGAAAAUGGCGUCGCGGCCCGUGGGGCCCUUUCCGGCCCCGGACAGAAGGGUCGCAGAGGAGCGCGAGGCCGGGCGGGCAGGUGGUCUGCGUCUGGUUUCCGCCGAAUCACUGUUAGUGUGGUCCUGUCUGGUCCCUUGGUCUGGGAGGCUGUGGUGCCUUCGAGUGUGAGUUGGAGUUGGGGGCCCAGCCGCCUGCGACCGCAGGUCCUCGGCACUUGUAGAACACUUGUGGUAGGACGUGAAUGGGCCUGGGCGAGAAUUCGCGGGGGUGUAAGAGGCGAUGUCUCGUUGGGAAGAUCUUCGGGGAAUAUCCAGCCCCAGCCCGAUGUAGGGCCUUGGGCGUUGCCCUGGCUCUCACUGCCUCUUGCCUUGUUGGUGGCCAGGAGCUUGCUCAAGAAGCAGUCCAUACUAUACCUUUGGUUGUUGGAAGCUCCAGAAUUUUCUCGUUGAUGAACUGACUGACAACGGUGUGGUGAGGCCUGGCCAUCUCCUGGACUUGGCCCCAGGUUUAUUAUUAUAUGUAGGAUUUUCAGCCAAAGGCUUCUAAGCCAUCAGUUUUGGGUCAGGGUUUUUGUUUUAAUGACUGUCCUUUCCCUAAGAUGGAACAUGCAGUAAUAUCAUUCAUCACCAGCAUUUAAAUGUGAUUAAAGCCUGGACAGCUGGGGAAAGAAUUCUCAAGGUAUGGAUGAUAAAGGGCACCUGAGCAAUGAGGAAGCACCCAAGGCUAUCAAACCCACCAGUAAAGAGUUCAGGAAAACCUGGGGUUUCCGAAGAACUACAAUUGCCAAACGUGAGGGUGCAGGAGACAUUGAGGUGGACCCCGGUGAGCAGCCACCACAACAGCAUAGCCUCUCCCUGCGGCGAAGUGGACGGCAGCCUAAGCGCACUGAGAGGGUAGAAGAGUUCCUUACCACAGUUCGGCGCCGAGGGAGAAAGAGCGUGCCAGUCUCCCUAGAGGAUUCCAGUGAGCCCACAUCUUCCACAGUCACUGAUGUGGAAACAGCCUCAGAGGGGAGCGUUGAGAGCAGUUCUGAGAUCAGAAGUGGCCCUGCACCUGGAUCCUCAGGGAAAGAACAUCCUGCAUCUUCUGAAAAGGUGAAAGGAGGUGAUGAGGAAGAAGACACUUCUGACAGUGACAGUGAUGGCCUUACUUUGAAGGAACUUCAGAACCGCCUUCGAAGAAAGCGAGAACAAGAACCUGUGGCGAGGCCCCUGAGAGGCAUUCAGAAUCGCCUGCGGAAGAAGCAGCGCCGAGAGGAAGGCCCUGCUGACAGUGGCAGCGUCCACACAGGCAGUGCCGAUGAGGAUACGCCUCUCUGUCAGCAGGAGCCUGAGGCUAGUCAGGGGCCAGUGUCCCAAUCCGAGAAAGAUGACAGAGAAAGUCAGUCGGAGGGGAAAGCAACUCAGGGAAGUAAAGAGGAAGGCCCCAGGGAAGCGGGCAAACCAAAGCCUGAGUGUGAGGUUUACGACCCCAAUGCCCUGUACUGCAUCUGCCGCCAGCCUCACAACAACAGGUUUAUGAUCUGCUGUGACCGAUGUGAGGAGUGGUUCCAUGGUGACUGUGUGGGUAUUUCUGAGGCCCGAGGGAGGCUUCUGGAAAGGAAUGGUGAAGACUACAUCUGCCCAAAUUGCACCAUUUUACAAGUGCAGGAUGAGACAAGUGCCAGCACCACUGACGAACUGGACGCUGGGUGCAGAUCUGUAGGUGCUGAUGGCACAGACUGUACAAGUAUAGGGAUAGUAGAACAGAAGUCUGGUGAAGACCAGGGGAUAAAGGGUAGAAUUGAAAAGGCGGCAAACCCCAGCGGCAAGAAAAAGCUCAAGAUAUUCCAACCUGUUGUAGAGGCUUCUGGUGCUGCUAAAUGCAUUGGUCCUGGGUGUUCCAAUGUAGCACAGCCCGACUCAGUGUACUGCAGCAAUGACUGCAUUCUCAAACAUGCUGCAGCUACCAUGAGAUUUCUAAGUUCAGGUAAAGAACAAAAACCAAAACCCAAGGAAAAGGUGAAGAUGAAGCCAGAAAAGUUCAAUCUUCCAAAAUGCACUGUUCAGGCAGGGAUUAGAGUCUCCUCUGUGCACAAGAGACUAGCUUCAGAGAAGAAAGAAAACCCAGUGAAGAAAGUGGUGGUGGCUCCCAGGAGUGACGCUUCAGGGAAGGAGAUGACCUGUGAGAGCACCACACCGUCCUGGGCAAGUGACCACAACUACAACGCUGUGAAGCCUGAGAAGUCUGAGAAGCCCACUGCACUCUCACCCACCCUAUUGAGUAAAUCCAUGAAGGAUGACAGAAGAGUGGAGGACAAGUCAAUGGCAGCAGUUGCAGUGCCAAAGAAAACCGUUCCUCCAGGCUCCUUGAUGAGCAGACAGACUUCACCUAGAAGUCUUGUUCCAAAGAAGCCUCCUCCUUAUGCUAACAUGGCAGGAGCCAAACCAGCUGUUAAGAAGUUGCCAUCAGGCUUCAAGGGUACCAUCCCCAAGAGGCCAUGGCCCUCAGCCACCCCAUCGAGCACUUCUGCCAGGCAGGCAGGACCAACACCUGUGACAACUACUUCCAAAAAAUUGCCUGGCUCUGCUGCUGUGGUGGGAGUUAUCAGGAAGCCCAUGUCUGCCAAUGUCCCUGCAGCCUCUCCAGCCCCAGGACGCCUUGGGCCUGUGAACCCAGCUCCAUCACAGCCCAACUCCCAAAUUCGGCAAAAUAUAAGGCGUUCCUUGAAAGAGAUUUUGUGGAAAAGAGUCAAUGACAGCGAUGACUUAAUAAUGACAGAAAAUGAAGUAGGAAAAAUUGCCCUCCACAUUGAGAAGGAGAUGUUUAACUUGUUCCAGGUUACUGAUAAUCGCUAUAAGAGCAAAUAUCGCAGCAUCAUGUUCAACCUUAAGGAUCCUAAGAAUCAGGGGCUCUUCCACCGAGUUCUUCGAGAAGAAAUCUCCUUGGCAAAACUUGUCAGGAUGAAGCCUGAAGAACUUGUAUCUAAAGAACUCUCCAUGUGGACAGAGAAGCCCACAAAAUCUGUGACAGAGUCCAGGACUAAGUUGCUUAAUGAGAGCAAGAAGAACACUGCUAAGCCAGAGACUGUUCCUGACAUGGAAGAUUCUCCACCAGCUUCAGAUUCAGAAGAGCAACAAGAGUCAGUGCGAGCUGCCCCUGAGAAGAGCACAGCGCCUCUUCUUGACGUCUUCAGCAGCAUGCUAAAGGACACAACCAGUCAGCACCGGGCCCAUCUUUUUGAUUUAAACUGUAAAAUCUGUACAGGUCAGCUUCCAUCAUCAGAGGAUGAACCAGCUCCUAAAAAGCAAAAGCUUUCAGCUCCUGCUAAGAAGGAGGACGUGAAGCCCCGGCACGACGGCUCCCCGCCUCGCCCAGCUUCUAACCCUUCUGAUGAAGCGCUUGUAGAGACACUGCCUGAAAACGUCGCAGAGCCCGACAUGGGUACUCAGGAGAGAAGGGGCUUCCCUGGGCCUCCAGCUGAUGGCCCCCCUGAGCCAUCGUCACUGGAGGGCCUCUCUCCCUGUUCUGUCUCUGGUGGGAGUGGGGUGGUCACCACAGUCACAGUGUGUGGUCGAGACCCCAGGACUGCUCUGAGUGGGUCAUGUACAGUCACAGCCUCUAUGGUAGCCCACCUGGACAACACUCAGACAUCAGAAACCAAACUGGACAUGCUCAAGCCUGCUUUGACUCCUGCAGUGGUGCCCAAGUCCAUAUUGGCUAAACCGUCCUCCUCUCCUGACCCAAGAUACCUGUCAGUACCACCAUCACCAAAUCCAAGCAUUUCAGAAUCCCGAUCCCCGCCGGAAGGAGACACAACCCUCUUUCUGUCUCGACUCAGCACGAUUUGGAAAGGAUUUAUUAAUAUGCAGAGUGUAGCAAAAUUUGUCACUAAGGCAUAUCCUGUCUCUGGGUGUUUGGAUUAUCUCAGUGAGGAUUUACCAGACACAAUCCACAUUGGUGGAAGGAUUGCUCCAAAGACAGUUUGGGAUUAUGUUGGCAAGCUCAAGUCAUCGGUGUCCAAGGAGCUCUGUCUGAUCCGCUUCCACCCUGCCACAGAGGAGGAAGAGGUUGCCUACAUCUCUCUCUACUCCUAUUUUAGCAGCCGUGGCCGCUUUGGGGUUGUAGCUAAUAACAACAGGCAUGUCAAGGACCUGUACCUGAUCCCACUGAGUGCUAAGGACCCUGUGCCAUCCAAACUCUUGCCCUUUGAGGGCCCAGGUCUUGAAUCACCGCGUCCAAAUAUAAUACUUGGGUUGGUAAUCUGUCAGAAAGUCAAACGCCCUUCCGGUGCGGCAGAGUCAGACAAGGCAGAUGAGAAGCGGGCUCGACUCCAGCAGGAAGAAAUAGAAACUUCAGUCUAUCCCAAAGCAACUGCAGCUUUGCCGUCUGAAAAGAAGCCUCCCAAGUACCAUGUGCACGCUGCAGACACAGCUGUUAGCAGCACACCCCCUGGUUCUCCUCCCCCUCCCCCUCCCCCUCCUCCCCCUCCACCCCCUUCUCUGCCUGAACCCCCAGUAUUGAAAAUACUGUCGUCCCUCAAGCCAGGGUCCACCAGCACCGUCACAGCGCCCACCACAGCAGCAGUAGCCACCACCACAGCUUCCCCUGUUACUUCUGCCACUUCAAAAACAGCUUCCCCUCUGGAACACAUCCUACAGACUCUCUUUGGGAAAAAGAAGUCAUUUGAGCCCUCUGCUAAAGAAUCUGUUGGGUCUACCCUAUCUCCACAUCAGGACUCCAAGACCAAGGGGGAGGACACCGUGUCUGCAGCUCCUAUGUUGGAUCCAAUUGUUCAACAGUUUGGUCAGUUCUCAAAAGACAAGGCUCUGGAGGAGGAGGAGGAAGAUGACAGGCCCUAUGACCCUGAAGAAGAGUACAACCCUGAACGAGCCUUUCAUACCCUGCUUGCUGAGCCAGGGAGCCACCACGAUGUGCAAAAUGUUCCCGAAACAGCUGAGAAGGAAGAGGUGGCCUAUGAUCCAGAAGACGAGACCAUCUUAGAAGAAGCCAAAGUGACCAUCGAUGACCUUCCCAAUCGGAUGUGUGUGAAAGUCAGCUCCACGGAAAGGCCUGCUGACUUUACCGCUGACACCUCGAGUGCCUCCCUGGUAGAACAACAGAAGAUGUUAGAAGAGCUGAAUAAGCAGAUUGAGGAGCAGAAGAGGCAGCUGGAGGAGCAAGAGGAGGCCCUCAGGCAGCAGAGGGCUGCAGUGGGUGUCUCCAUGGCACACUUCUCUGUGUCAGAUGCAUUGAUGUCACCACCACCCAAGUCUUCCCUGGCCAAGACUGAGCUGUUCUCUCAAGAACAGCAAGCUCCCGACCCAGGUCAGGGAGCCCUGAGCGCCAACCACAACUUAGACUCCAGACAAAGUAGGGACCCCAGGCAGGCCAGGAGGCUGGCUGCUGAAAACAUUGAGAAUGAGCCCCUUCCCAGAGCCCCCACAGGAAGCACACCUGGCCCACAAGGCACCCUGCUUGCCAGGGAGGCUCCUGCUGUGGCUCCAGUAGUCCCGGGGCCUGGGCUAGCUGCAGAGGCCAAGGAAUCAAUGACUAUACCCUGGGCUCCAGGUGAAAACACGGUGUUGAGACCUGAACAUGACAUCCAGAAGUGUGAACUCCCUGCUGUCUCAUUACCCCUGGACAAUAGCCACCUUCCUACUUCUGGGGACGGCAUGGCCAGGCCAGCACCACCCCGCAGAGUGCUGCUGCCCACACCACCUAAUGCCUCCUUUCCACCCAGCUUCCCUUUGCAACCUGAAGCACAGAAUUUUAGUUCUGGAGGCAGGGAGCCUUUCUCAGGGUCCACGUUUCUGUCUCAGGAAACAUCCCUUGGCUCGUCCCAGUAUGAGGACCCUCGAGGUGCUCAGUCUACUGGGAGGAGUGACAGCCCAGUGGCUGAUACUGAGGACAGCAGAGAACCACAGUCCAGGCCUGGUGAGGGUACUUCAUUCCCUCUGCCUGGGCAGAGGGGAGGGGGCCCUCAGCCCCAGUUUCCUGGCCAGCGUGAACCUGCACCACGCACUUUUGGGAUGUCAGGACAUCAUGGCCCCAGUUUCCCAGGACCUAGGGGGCCAGUCCCUCCAUUUUCAGAAGAGAAUAUUGUCCCUAACAGUGAUGGAUCAAGAGGCCCUCCACCUGCCAGAUUCGGGGUCCAGAAGCCACCGAUCCCUUCCUUAUUCUCUGGGCAGCAUGGGCCACCUCCCUAUGGGGACAGCAGAGGACUCUCACCUUCUUAUCUUGGUGGGCCCAGAGGAGGAGCACCAGCCCAAUUUGAAGACCGCAAAGAUCCUCAUGGAGAGAAAAGGGAAUUCCAGGACACUCCGUACAACGAGAUGACAGGUGCACCUGCGCAGUGUGAAGGGCCCGACCAGACCCAGUACAUGGGGAAUAGGGCACCCUUCCAAUUUGGAGGCCAGAGACGGCCACUGCUGACCCAGAUGAAAGGACCCCGUGGAGGACCUCCACCCUCUCAGUUUGGAGGCCAAAGGGGACCACCACCUGGCCAUUUUGUGGGCCCACGUGGGCCUCAUCCUAGUCAGUUUGAAACUUCCCGGGGCACCCAUCCUGCCCAGUUUGAAGGGUCCAGGGGCCAAGCACCAGGUUUCAUGCCUGUCCCCCGAGGCGUUCAACCCCAGCAGUUCGAAGAGCAGAUGGUGAACUCACCGCCACGAUUUGCGGGUCAGAGGGCACCGGCACCCCUGCCAUAUGGAGGACCAAGGGGCCCCGCACCCUUUGCUGAGAAAAAUGAACAGCAGCCUUCUCGAUUUCACUUUCAGGGCCCAUCUUCACAGCCUGUGAAGCCUCCCCCUCGGCCCUUGCUGGAGCUGCCAAGCCAUCCUCCUCAACAUAGGAAGGACCGAUGGGAUGAGGCAGGCCCAGCCACUGGCCUGCCUUCCAGUGCUGGCCCUGGACAGGGCCAUGAGGCUGACGGGCAGUGGGCCACGUCGGAGUUCCGGGAAGGCAAAGGCCAUGAGUACAGGAGCCCAGCCUUUGAAGGGAGGCAGAGGGAGCGGUUUGAAGCCGGACCUAAAGAAAAGUCUCUGGACGAACCAGAAGCCCAAGGGUUGGAAAACCGGCAGGGCCGGGCAUUUGAGGAUAGGAGGCGAGAGCGAGAGCGAGGCAGAAACUGGAGUCGAGAAAGAGACUGGGAGAGGAGCCGGGAGUGGGACCGGCAUCGGGAGUGGGACAAAGGCAGGGAUAGGAGCUCCAACAGGGACAGGGAGAGAGACACUGACAGGGCUAAGGAGUGGGACCGGAGCCGCGAGAGGAGCCGGAACCGCGAUCGGGACCGUGAAAGGCGGCGAGACCGAGACAGAGACCGGUCCCGGAGCAGAGACCGAGACAGGGACCGAGAGAGAGCCCGAGACAGGGACCGAGGCCGGGACCGGAAGGACCGCAGCAAGAGCAGAGAGAGCCCCCGGGACCUGAAGCCUGAGGUCAGGACCUCUGAUGGGGGCCCUGCCACAGCCCAGGCCUAGAGGCCAUUGCACUCGGGCUGUUGUGGACAGAGACCUGUUGUCGGCUAUUGUGUAUAUAGGCUCAGCCUGGCAAAGACCCCUCUAAAAGCCAAGUGCAUAAAAUGUGUUGAGCAAAGAAUGUUUGAAAUAGCUAUGAACUUAUGUGCAGGAUAUACUAUUUCUGGACUUCAGGAAUUACUGUAAUUUUGUGUAUAAUGGUUUGUUACAAAAUUUCCCAACUUUACAAUUCUGAUGUUUUUUUUAAAAAAAAUAACUUAAUAUUUCCAUUUAAAAUUACAGAAAUGGGAAAGUGUCUACAAAAGCAUAUUGCUUUUUUUCAGAUUAUAAAGUUAUCUUUUCCAAUAACUUGACUGGUGUAAGUUUUAAGAGAAUUCCAGUGGACCUUCGAGCUAGCUUUCCCUGUGCUGCCCUCUCUGCUUCCAUUUAUCUAGACCUAUCCAGAGGCUCUCAGUGCUGUCCUGGAUGAAAAGCACUGUUGGGGGGCGAGCUGGCAGUGUGUGCUUGCAACCGUGGAGACCAGCCUUCAUAGGCCUGCCUCCCCCACCAUGCAUCACUUCAGAAGUUUUUUCAGAACAUGAUUAGAAACAAUCUGUCCUAGUGGGAAUUGUUAGAUUUUAAAUAACAAUUUAUCUUUAAAUGUCCAAACUUAGCCUAAAGAAGGAAGCAAAGCAGUUAAGAGUAAUCAAGAGGGAGGAGACACAAGUUGGUCAGAAAAGCAUUGCCCAUUGCUGCCU